AUGCUCAGGAACCCCGCAGUAGUCACUCACCUUGCGUCCGACGAGCCGCCGAUUGCGAAUUCCACCGGGCAGCAUUCAAAGCCCGCAGAGGCCUCGCGGUUCACGCCCGUUGGGAGGAACCUUGGAGGUCUUCUAGUCCAACCCUCAACCCCCCCCACUCUGCUCAGUGAGCACCUAGAAGCCAAGAGGAACAUACGUGGCAAAUUUCAAGUUUGUAGGCUUUACGGUUCUGGAGAUUUCGUGAUUACGGAGCUGGAGGAGCUGCCGUUGGACGUGCUGAGGCAGAGGGAAUCGAAAUGGCUGGACAUGCUGAACAACUGGGACAAGUGGAUGGCGAAAAAGCACAAGAAGAUCCGUCUGAGGUGCCAGAAAGGAAUCCCACCUUCUCUACGUGGCCGGGCGUGGCAGUACCUUUCGGGGGGCAAAGUCAAGCUGGAACAGAAUGCCGGCAGGUUUGAUGAGCUGGACGUGGCUGUGGGGGAGCCCAAAUGGCUGGACGUGAUUGAGCGAGAUCUCCACCGCCAGUUUCCGUUCCACGAAAUGUUUGCUGCUCGAGGAGGCCACGGGCAACAAGAUUUAUUCCGGGUCCUGAAAGCCUACACUCUCUAUCGGCCGGAGGAAGGGUAUUGCCAGGCCCAGGCUCCCAUUGCCGCUGUGCUGCUGAUGCACAUGCCCGCCGAGCAAGCUUUCUGGUGUCUUGUGCAAAUAUGUGAGAAAUAUCUUCCUGGCUACUACAGCGAGAAGCUGGAGGCCAUCCAGUUGGAUGGCGAGAUUCUCUUCUCUCUGCUGCAGAGAGUCUCUCCGCUGGCUUACAAGCAUCUCAGCAAGCAGAAGAUCGACCCCAUCUUGUACAUGACGGAGUGGUUCAUGUGUGCCUUCUCCAGGACCCUGCCCUGGAGUUCUGUGCUGAGGGUCUGGGAUAUGUUCUUCUGCGAAGGCGUCAAGAUCAUCUUCCGAGUGGGCCUGGUCCUCCUGAAAUACACUCUGGGUUCCUCGGAGAAGCUGAGAUCCUGCCAAGGGCAGUACGAGACGAUGGAGCAGCUGAGAGCCCUGAACCCCAAAAUCAUGCAGGAGACUUUCCUGGUGCAAGAGGUCAUAGAGUUGCCAGUGACGGAGCGCCACAUCGAGCGGGAACACCUGAUCCAGCUGAAGAAGUGGAAGGAGACCCACGGAGAGCUGCAAUGCAAGUCCCCUCCCCGUUUUCACGGCGCCAAGGCUAUCAGGGACUCUGAGCCGUACCCCCACAGAGCCUUGGAGCCCUCUCCUUCCAUCAUCCUGCCCCCCGGUGCCGCCCUCUCCCCCAAGGGCCGCAAGAGCAAGUCGCGGAAGGGCGCCCCCAAAGGGCUGGUAACCACGGGCAACCGAGCCAACGGCCCUAUCCCCGAAGAAAACGGAUCUUUGCUGGAGCCCGACUCUUCCCUUCUCUGCCAGUCCAAGGAGAGCCUUAGUUCCCGGGAGAGCGAGGACACCUACCUGUAGGGGCGGGGAUUGCACUUUCCAGAUCUCUCUCACAUACACACACACACACCCCUCCCUCUCCCAGGCCAACACAGACCAGACUGUUACCAGUGAGACACCCUUGAUAGGAAAAUUUGCAGCUGGGUUUGUAAGGAGGAGAGAGCGAUUUGUCGGAGGGCAGGUGGGUAAGUAUUAGGCCUUCUGAUGGCCGAAAGAAGGAAUUCCGUAUAUCUGGUUGGAAAGGGCUAGUGCCUCUCCUGCCCCCUGCUCUGGUGGAGGGGAGACAUUCUGGAGGCUGAGAGGCACUGAGGUGUCCCCCUCCCUUUGAUUCGGGGGGAAAAAGUUCGAUUGGCCGCAAUCACACAGGUAUAGAAACAUAGGAAAGGGAUGCGGCUACCCACAAACCGCUAAAUUACAGGCACGGGUUGGCUCAGCCCCACGUUUUCUGAUAGGAGUAAAAUGGAGGUCGUCCCCUUAAACUCUGACCCUGCCCUCCUCUCCCUCGGUGGGCCGAAGGGCAAAUGUCGGUCCCAGGAGGGGCUGUGUCCCAUCUUCCAUGCGUGCAAAUUGCCUUCGCUCUCGAGUCUUACCACCCUCUCCCCCGAGGGCCGCAAGAGCAAGUCGCGGAAGGGUGCCCCCAAAGGGCCGGUAACCAUUGGCAACCAAGCCAACGGCCCAACUCUUCCCUUCUCCAUCAGUCCAAGGAGAGCCUUAGUUCCCGGGAGAGCGAGGACAUCUACCUGUAGGAGUGGGAAUUGCACUUUCCAGAUCUCUCACGCACACACCCUUCCCUCUCCCAGGCCACACAGACCAGACUGUACCAGUGAGACACCCUUGUUCGGAGAAGUUGCUCGGCUUCUCUCUCGGAUGCUACUAUCCCUCUCUCUCUCUCUCUCUUUCUCGGCCCCUCUCUAGCGACCUCCAUAAGCCCGACAACCGGCUCUUGUCUCCACCAAACCAAGUGAUGGGAGCUGUAGUCCAUCUGGAGCUUCCCAGCGAAAGGGUUCUCCAGACGGGACAAUCAUCUUGGCGCCCCGAUUAGGGAGGGGGGGCUCUUUAAGUUGAGCGGACGGUGUUAGGCGGGGACCCUAACUCCCUGCGUUCUGUCUCAUUGCGCAGGAAGAAUUUGACUUGGCUGUUCUGUUCUUCCUCCCACCUGCGCGGCCCACCGUCGGCCACUUCCGCUAAGCAAGAGACGGCAUAUCCAAGACACGAAUGCUUCUCCUCGGGGGGGCCGCUAAAAGCCAGCGCGCUAAAAGGAAAUCCUUUCCUGCUUAGCUUUGCUGUCUUUGUCUCGUGACCAAAUUCCCACAUAUGCUGUACGGACCAGAAAUGCUGAUUUUCCCCGGUUCUGGACCAGAAGGAAUGCUGGCCGAUAAAAUCCGAUAUUUGUAUACGAUUUUUGCAAGCGGUUUCGGAUGCCAGUCUUCUCCUCUUGCAUUCCAGCGCUGUGAUUUUUUUCUCUUUUAAAAAAACACUCCGUUUUCCAGGACACUAAAAAUCCCCCUUUAUUAUUAUUGUUAAUAUUUUUGUCCCACCUGUCUUCAGCCAAGUUGACUCUCGUUUUGUUGUUCCCGGGCCACGUCCCGCCAAGUUAAAACUGAGUUGCUCGGAACAGCCUAACCUCUAUCUCCCAUCUCUCCAGGAUGUUAAGGCACCUCCGUAAAAUGAUGGAUUCAGACGUGGAAAAUACUAAUGUCUGGGUUUUUUUUUUUAGCUUGUUGCUAUCUGGCUUUCCGUCUUCUGUAUUCACCCAGGCGACAGCAAACACAGAUUUAAUUUUUGCGGGAAGCAAAGUCGGGGUGACGGGAGCUUCUGUGGUUUAUUAAGGAGGUGCAGGAAAAUGUUUCCUUCCCCGCCCCCAACUGCCCUCUCCCCUUUUGUGGCAUAAACUUGGUUUGUUGGGGGGGACACUUUAAAAAAUUCUUGGCGGAAAUAAAAGUGUAUAUUUGGGGAAAAGCGAGGAACACGGAUGCUACUCUCUGUUUCCUUCUCCUGCACCGGAUUACGGCUGAUGAGUGGGGAUUCAUGUAUGUGGAUUAUUAUUAUUUUUUUUAAAUCAGUUGCUGAAACUGUUUUGUACAAGAGGCGAAAUAAACCGGAAUUAUGUCAA